AAUGGGUCUCGAGACAUCUUUCCAAAAGGCUCAUUCCCAUCUUUUCCGACCACAAUAUGAAAAGAAGCCUUAAGUGGCCAAUAAUCAAAAGGAUGAGCGUAAAGCAUUCUCUCCCAUUAACUUCAAAGCUACCACCCUUUCUUUUCACUCCCCUUGCUUUCAUCUUAAGUAUGGCUUCCUUCCCUCCAUGAACGUUUCUUAUUACCUCCACCUACACUUCUCAUCUAAAGAAGGGAAGGAUAUACCAUCCUUCUUCCUUGGAAGCUUAGGGAGGAGAAAGAUCAACAUGUCGACCGAUUGGGGGCCUGUGAUCGUCGCAGUGGUCCUCUUCAUUCUCCUAUCACCAGGGCUCUUAUUUCAGCUGCCAGCCAGGACCAGAAUCGUAGAGUUUGGUAAUAUGUUCACCAGUGGGAUCUCAAUUCUGGUUCACAGUAUCAUAUUCUUUGCAAUACUGACAAUCCUAGUGAUUGCAAUAGGCAUUCAUGUGCAUGCUGGUUGAUCAAAGAUGGUGCAAGUUUCAUGUGUUUCCACUUUGAUUUUGGACUAUACUGCCAUUUCUGCCCUCAAAAAUGCUUUUUUGCUUUGCAACUGUAUGCCUGUGGAGUAAUUUGGUAUUUUUAUUCCAUCUUCCAAUAAGAUGCAUCAAUUUGGGUUCGAAGUUGUAUACUGAAUUAUUGAUGCCAUGCCAUGGUUGGCGAAUGAAUGAACCAAGUCAAAUAUCAAAAUCAUUUAGGAAGUC